AUGUUUUCCUUCUUCCGUAAGAAAACCGCCAGCAAAGAUUCAAAGCCAGAGCAACAGCCGCCUGUUGUGAAGGCCGAAGAAGAAGACAAGAAAAUUGCAGAGAGUAACAAGAAGAGGACCAAGAAGACGAGUAAAGAUAAAAAAGGCUCAUUCAAGUCUGAAACAGAGCCAACCAUUGUUUCCAGCGACACCUCCUCAACGUCCAGCAUCGCCAGCCACAAAGCUGCGGAAAAUGUUCCGCCGAUUGCUUUGAUUACUGAAGAACAAAGUCCUCUAACGCCUCCGUUAGUUGGCACUGUUGAUCAUGUCGAAGUUGUCGAACUUCCAUUACCAUCGGACAGUUCUAUCCUCUUACAAGAAGAACCGCCCGAUGAAUUUUGCGAAGCACACGAAGUCAUACUACCGGAACUACCUAUUCCGGUAUUACCGAUCACUCUGACUCAGCCUAGUCCGUUAGCUCCCACGGAUGGUCCGGAAUCUGAAACAACGCGUAGGCUGGCAAAAGAUUUACCGGAGAAGAGUACAAAGGAUAAACAACCUCGUCGUGUUUCCUUCAAUUGUAAAGAUAUUGUUAUUUCCGACCCUGGUGACGUCAGUCUGACAGACUCAGCCAUACCGGAUGCAACGCAUGUGUUGCCGAUAACGAUAACACAAAGAGAUUUAGACGAAGCUGCUCAGUCUCCAUUUUUAUCCGAGGAAGCAUCGCCUCUACAUGAAAUAUCAAUCGUCCAACAGGACGAUACAAUGUCAACGCUAGAAGAAGACCAGACAGACAUGAUCAACGCCAUGAAAGAGCAAAUACGUCGGUUGGAGUCGGAGCUGAGAGAGAAGACCGAAAGAGUGGAACAGUUAGAAGCUAUACUGGCCGAUGAAGAACGUCAGGUUCAACUAGAAGUAAUAGAACGUUUAGAAGCUGAAUGGAAUAAGGAACGAGAACUUGUUGACAACGAACGAGAAGAAGAAUUGCGACUUUUGCAAGAGGCUUUAGAAGAAGCUCUCGAAGAGAAAGCUGAAAUCGAGUCUAAAAUGUUGCGAGAUGCUUCGAGGGAAUCGCAACUCCUAGACGACUUCGAAUGGAAGCUCGGAGAGAUCGAGAGAGAAUACAAAAAGAAACUAGUCGAAACGGAGAAAUCCGCCGAAGAACGGUUCAAAAACGAGAUGGCAAUGGAAUACCAGAAGCUCGUAGAAGAUAAACGGGACAUAGAUGAGAAACUAACAGAAAUUGCUCAUCUCAAGAGUUACGAGGCUGAAGUGAUUCAGUUGCGAGGUCUGGUGUUUGAACAACAGAGGGUCAUUAGGACGGCAGCCCGUCAAGUUGAUCAUUUAAAAGAAACGGAGAAAAUCCUUGAAGACGACCUACACAGAAUUCGAAUGCAGGGCUGUACACGUAAGCAGCAACAGGAGAUGGAGGCCAAAUGGAAAGAGAAUUCUUUGAUUGAAUACAAUCGGUUGCGAGCUGAACUGGUGGCCUCUAACGAAGAAGAGAUGUUAAAGGCCAUACGUCAGGUAGUUCGCGAGAAGGACGACCAAAUCGCCGCCAUUAAGAAGCAAUUGGACACCCAGCAAGUAGCGAUGAACCAUCAAAUUGCAGAGCUUAAAAAUUCGUUCCAGCAACGUGAAGCCAAAUUGAAUAAACAGGUGGAAGAAACUCGAGCUGAAGCUGAUCGAGAAUUGUGCGAAUUAAGAAGACAGUUGAACAAAGUUCAAGACUCACAUAUCGAAUUCAUGGAACAAGUGGAACAGAAGCACGCCGAAGAAUUAGAACAGCGUGGAUCAUCCAGUGAAGAAAGUAAAGAAGCCCUGGAACAAACAUACGAAGAGAAGCUCCAGUCGAUAGAAAUUCAGCAUCAAAGCCAAUUGAUUUACUCCAUAGACGCUCUUCAAAGCCUGAUUGAGGAGGAAAAGCAAGAGGCAUUGACUCAACUAGGAGAACAUUAUCAAACACAACUGCAAUCGCUACAAGAGCACAUUUCUGAUCUUCAGAGGCGACUCACCGACGCCAACAAAAUGUCCUCUCAAAGGCAACAGGAACUUGACAGAUUGCAAGAGCUCGUUUUGCGGCAAGAGGAACAGUUGGAACUCUUACAACGUUCGGAAGAUCGAACCGAAUCCAACAGAGAAACAUCGAGUUCCCGACGACGUGGCAGCGAUGAUGAAAGCACUGCCAGCACAACUGAGAGCAGCGGCGAAGAAGAUUACGAUGAAUCCACACCACCCAACGGUCGAAGUGCAGGGGACGGAUGUUCGCCAUCAACGAGCGCUGCAACAAGUCAAGAUAAUUUGAGACCCUGUCCCGAUCUGGACGCCGGCAUUCUUUCUUCCACGCGUAGCGCGGUGGCCACUCACCACGUAAACUCGUCGGAAGAAUGCCUAUCGAUAAAAAUUGAACAAUUCGAACAGAUGCAAUCGACGAUCAUGUGCUGCGAUGAUCCCGAGCACGCAGAAGCGCAACAAAUAAUUCUAGAGAUGCACCAAGUUCUGGCCGAUCGCGAUGCCGAACUUCAAAGAUUGACGGAAGAGAAACGAUUUUAUCAGUUGGAACUGAUCCAUUGGGAGAGAAAUUUAGCUCUUCAAAGAGUUGGCCUCCCUUUGGCACUGGUGCCCGACAGGCUUUCCAACGAAUCCGAGUUGAAUCCGUGGAGAGGGUUCUCUGCUCCGCCAGUGACCAAGCCGCGUCUACCGGAUCAUUUGCGAUACCCUUCAGCGACAGCUUUCGCUGGAAGUCGAGCCGCUUCUUACGAACUUUUUUCUCCAAGCGCCACCAGUCUCAGUCCAGACUGUGGGCGGCAGUUAUUUGCGGCUCAACACUCAUCCGCUUUGAUGACUACCGACGAGUGGAUGUCAGAGGGCGGACUCGUGCCACCAGAUGAACGCCAAAUGCACUGGCCAGCUCAGCAAGGAAGUCAUUUUUACUACAGCGAUGACGACGAUGACAGUAACAACAACGGAUUCACUACCCCGUUGUAGGGGGUGACCGAGAUCUUUCUGCCGCUCCGCUUUUUGAAAGGCUGUCGCCAUGUUUUGUCGUUGGCUCACAUUUUUAAAGCCUUCAUUUGUAUCCAUACUGUCCUUAGUCUCUAUUAUUUACGAAUACUUUUGUUCGUUGCAAAACGAAAAAAAGAGAAUUGCCUUGCAAUGUUUCGGUCAGCAUCUAUUGAUACAAAUGCUCCUGUAUAAAGGAUAGGUCUUCAAAUGUAAUGAUUGGAUAUUGAGUUAUCUAUAUACCAAAGGUUUAUAUAUAUACAGUACUGUAUAAAUACACAAAGUAUGCUAUUACGUCGUACACACUCUCUGACGUUUGAUGAAAUUAUUAUGAACGGAUAAUAAAACCUCUUGAAAUAUUAA